UGUUUUACGUUCAAGAUAAAUUGUCAGUCAGCUGGAGCGCGAUGAGAAAAAUAACAGCUUGUUUAUAACUGACUGUGACGGUCACUUUCCUGUUGGGUCUAAACUACUUUAAAAGAAACACCUAAUUGCAUUCCAUCGACUCGUUUUUACUGAAGGACGCUGCUUCGGAAUGUAAUGUUUCUACCGCCCGCUCCUUUCAAAGGAUUUUGAAGUAAGCUAAUGUUAGCUGGUGUUGAAUAGGUUGUUAAGAAGGGAGGCUAGUUAGCUAGCGUUGCCGUAUGGUGCAGUUAGCUACAUGGCUAAAUCCUAAACUAUCGUUUGCUGAAUGUGCGUGCCAUGUUGGUCAUAGUAGACUACAACUUGAAUUAACAUGGCAUGUUAGCAGUCACUAAGCUACCCCUAUCCAUUUGUCUCCAAGGUGACACUGCUUCAUCUUAUUCAGCCGGGUACCUUUCUUACCUUUCUGCACUCAAGGUCAACCCCGGUGCUGUCUGGAGGACCAUACAGUAGAUGACGAAAGUGGCGGGACUUCAUGCCUGUCGCCGCCGGGCGGGCCGAUGCUAGGAGCGGUGCACACAGAGCAGUAGGUCGGUCAGGAGAUGUCAGAGUGGGGAUGCCGCUGCUUGGAGACAGUGUUGUAGUUGAGGGUAUAGAAGAGAGUACACACUAUACCUACCUCUCUAACGCUACAUCCGGACAAGGGAGUCAACUGUUCUGCCCAACCAGCAGUGACACAUAUAUGGAUGGUGGGGUCGCAGCAUGCCCACCCCCUCAUCUACCACAACACACCAGGCUGGCAGGAGCAGCAUUACGGGACAUGGAGAGGGGCCCAUGCUUGUCAGCUCUUCCUCUUCUCUUACCUCCUCUUUCCGGUUUGUCCCAGCUUUUCUUCUGGGUGUGGUGGCAGCAUUAGUGUUCCAGCUGGCAUGGGGAGGCCUGUCCCUGACCUCUUUCUUCUUGAAGCUCUUCAUCUACGUGUCAUUCGCCAUACUGUGUUUCCUGGCCGGGAGCUUUGUUCUGCUGGUCCGCAAGAGUCCUCUCAAAGUCAGCACCUUUGACAGACACAGAAAGCGUUCUGCCCAACAGCUGGACUUCUUCAAGAAGCUCAUGACUCGGUUUGUGGCGCCAGUACAAGAAUCAAGCCAGAGUCGGAGGGUGGUGAUGUCACACAAUGUGGACAAAGCCCUGAAGGAAGUGUUGGACUAUGCCUACAGAGACUACAUCCUAUCUUGGUACAUUCCUUUGAGUCGUGAUGAAGGCCAGUUGUACUCCAUGUUGUCUGAGGACUGGUGGCAGAUGAUUGGGCAAUUGAGAUUCCGACUUGCUGAUAUAGAUCUCGUCAACGUGGUGUGUUAUGACACCAUCCGAAUUUUGCAUAGACACUUCACUGCCCUCAAGGCUGCAUCUGCAAGGCCUGACGAGGGAGCUCGGCCGUUUCCCCUUCAUCCCUGUUUGGUCAGUCCAGAGUCAGAGCUGGCCUUCCUGCGCUGUGUAGCCAGAAUACUGCUCCUAUGUCUACUACCACAAAAGGAUGCCAAGUCUCACACACUACGCUGCUGCCUCACAGAAGUCAUCACAACUAAAGUGAUGAAGCCUUUGGUGGAAGUGCUCAGUGACCCCGACUCCAUAAACAGGAUGUUGCUGUCUCAACUGGAGCAGCGGGAGCAGCAGGCUGAGCAGCAGAAGAAAGCUUACACCUACGCUGCCUCUUAUGAAGACUUUAUCAAACUGAUAUCAACCUCCACAGAUGUCAUUUUCCUCAAACAACUCAGGUAUCAGAUAGUUUUAGAAGUUAUUCAGGCCACCACCAUCAGCAGCCUGCCUCAGCUCAAGAAACAGAAAGAGCGAAAAGGCAAAGAAUCAGCAGCUAUGAAGGCAGACCUGCUUAGAGCCCGAGACAUGAAACGAUAUAUCAAUCAGCUGACUGUUGCUAAGAAACAAUGUGAGAAACGUAUCCGUCUGCUCGGUGGACCAAACUAUGAGAACAAUGAAGAUGGAGGAACUGAUGAUAGUGAUGAUCCUCAAAGCCAGAGGAUUCUCCUGUUUGAUGACAUCAUGUGCAAUCCAGGUUACAGGGAACAUUUCAAAGACUACAUGGAGAGAGUUGAUAAGAGAGCACUGAUAAGCUUCUGGGAAUUGGUGGAAACACUGAAAACUGCCAACAAGAAUGAGGUGCCCCAAAUUGUCGGGGAAAUCUACCAGAAGUUCUUUGUAGAGAGCAGAGAGAUUCCGGUGGAGAAGUUUUUGCUAAAGGAGAUCCAACAAAGUUUGGUGGGGAACAGAGGAACACAAGUCUUUGUGAGACUACAGGAACAGGUGGCUGAGACGAUGAGAGAGCGUUACUAUCCCUCCUUCCUAGUUUCCGAUCUGUAUGAGAGGCUGAUCAGGCGAGACGAGCAGCACAGCCAAUCACAGUGUAGCACUGAGGAAAAGGAAGAAGGGUGUCAGGGUCUCGAUGCUGAAGAGAAGGCGUCUGACGAGGGCAGCAAAGGAAUCAAUGAACAGGCCAGCUACGCUGCCACUAAACUCCGCCAGCUCUAUGACAAAUUGGAAUACAAGAGACAGGCCCUGGGCUCUAUUCAGAAUGCACCCAAACCAGAUAAAAGGAUUGUGAGCAAACUCAAGGAAGAAAUAGGAGCCAUGGAGAGAGAAUACAUUGAACUCCAGCAACAUAUCAUCAGGACCGACUGGUGGUGUGAAAACCUGGGCCACUGGAGGGCUACCAUUACUACAGCUGAAGCUGCCGAGGAAGGUGGGGAGACUGUAGCCUGUUACAAUGUGUGUGUGAGCCUGCUGGAGGGUGAGGAAAUGGGUAACAGUCGCUGGAGUGUUCAAAGGAAACUCACUGAAUUCCAAAUGUUACACCGCAAACUGACUGAGUGUUUUCCAUCUUUGAAGAAACUCCAGUUACCAUCACUCAGCAAACUUCCCUUCAAAUCCAUUGACCAAAAGUUCUUAGACAAGAGUAAAACUCAGCUCAAUAUCUUUCUACAGCGUUUGCUGACAGAUGAGAGAUUGUGUCAGUCAGAGGCUCUCUACGCGUUCCUCAGCCCGUCCCCAGAGCACCUUAAGGUGAUGUCCAUUCAGAAGAAGUCUUCUUUCUCUCUGGCCUCCUUCCUGGAGAAACUUCCUGGAGAUUUCUUCUCUCAUACAGAGGAGGAGGCAGAUGAUGACAGCGACUUGUCAGACUAUGGCGAUGAGACAGAUGGGAGGAGAGAUGCCCUGGCUGAACCCUGCUUCAUGCUCAUUGGAGAGAUCUUUGAACUCAGAGGAAUGUUUAAAUGGGUGAGGAAAACACUUAUUGCACUAGUCCAGGUGACAUUUGGACGAACUAUCAACAAACAGAUCAGGGACACAGUAAACUGGAUCUUUUCUGAACAGAUGUUGGUCUGUUACAUCAAUAUCUUCAAGGACACUUUCUGGCCCAACGGGAUUCUGGCGCCACAUGUCAAAGUCCAGACUGACGCUGAACGCACCGAAACCAAGGAACGAGCUCAACAAAAACUACUUGACAACAUUCCAGAUGCGUUGGCAAAUCUGGUCGGCCAACAGAAUGCCCGCUCUGGAGUCAUCAAGGUUUUCAAUGCCCUGCAGGAAGCUAGUGCCAACAAACAUCUUCUCUAUGUCUUGAUGGAAAUGUUACUCAAAGAGCUGAGUUCUGAACUCAGCGUAGAAGUUGACAACAUGUGAACAAGAAAGUGCUGCCAGGAUGCUGGGAUGAAGGGUCCUGGCAACUUUCAAGCAUUGUCACUUUAUUCAUUUAGAAUUAUUUUCUCUCGCAUCAUGACCAUCAAUUCUGAAGUAUGGGAGCAGGAUGUCAUGAUAAACCCUUGGCAACAAUGCGGUGAAUUCUCGUCCUUUUCCUUCUAGUCUUUGCACAGGCGGUACCAUAUCUAGUGCUCCAGCACUCUUCAAGGACAACUUUGACUAAGUGAGCAGUGUGAACAUGUUUUAAAAUGACAACAGUGGCGUUGUUGUGAAGUUUGAAUUAAUUUCAUUGAAUGGGCUCUCAAAACGGUGUGCUCUCUGGGCACAGAAUUUGCUUUCCUGUAGUCAAGCAGUCCUGACAUACCAAGAUGGAUGAAGACAAAGCAGUCAUGUUGAUCUGCACAUUCUGCUGGUAAAACAUGCUUGACUGGAAAGUGCCACAGUUCACAUUUGUUCCAACAGGCUCACAUUCACACAAGAACAAACAUUAUUUUCAUUUUCAUUGAGUUACUUCCUCAUUUCAUCCACUUCUUUUAUUUGAUUAUUAUUAGCUGUGAAGCCAUGUUAGGUUAAUUGGUGACUCUAAAUUGUCCAUAGGUGUGAAUGUGAGUGUGAAUGGUUGUUUGUCUAUAUGUGCCCUGCGAUUGACUGGCGACCAGUCUAGAGUGUACCCCGCCUCUCGCCCGAAGUCAGCUGGGAUAGGCUCCAGCAUACCCGCAAUCCUAGUGAGGAUAAGCGGCAUAGAAAAUGGAUGGAUAGCUGUGAAGCAGCAGUUCUGAUUGUUUUGUAUGAAUCAUGUUGGUCUAGAGAUCAGAAGACAGUAACAGGUUGUGAAAGUAAACGACGUGUUCAGUCGUGAUGUUCAAACCGAUUAUCUGUAGAUCUUGAUUAAAUGCAGCAAAGACAAAGUUCAUAUUGAGUGUUGCCCUUCAAAGGUGACAAAUGUGUGAUACUCGAACCUCUCAACAUUCCUGCUACACAAAAUCUGAGCAACAACACUUGUGUUCUGUGAUUCUUGUUAAGGCUUUUAAUUGUGCAAUAUAAUGCCAUGUAAAAGUCAUUGUGAUUAUUUUAUUUAUGAUAAUUAUUGAUAGAUUUUAUUUUUACCAGAAAUUAUUUAGAAUGUUUAUAUAAGCAAUAAAGUUACAAAAAAAAGUGGUAUUU